AUGAUCGAGACGCCCGCCGGACUGUUGGACGGAGCGCGUGCCGAUGAGCGGAUGCGGAAAGAACUCAUCGAAGAAACCGGCUUUGAGGUCGACACCCUGACGCAUUUGUUUGACGUUUACAUGAGCCCGGGCUCGGUGACGGAGUAUCUCGCAUUCUUCAAAGGCACCUAUUCCGCAUCCGAUCAGACCGGUGAUGGCGGUGGCACGUUCGAAGAGGGCGAGGACAUUGAGGUGAUGCAGGUUGCGCUGACGGAGGCGAUGCGGAUGAUCGAGAACGGUGCGAUCUGUGAUGGCAAGACGAUCAUCCUGCUUCAACAUCUUUUCAUCAACACGCUUGUGAAAAGAGCCGAGACAAACUGA